AUGCUGAGAUUCGCAUAUGCUCCGACGACAACUGUUGGCCCGCCCACAGCCAGCAGCAACAACACCAAAACGGCCAACACAACGAAAACGACAACAACGACGACGACGGAGGCAAAGCCGCAGUUGCCGCGCAGCGCCCGAAGCCGUCCCCAGACAGCGGCAGCCCUGCUGAUGCUCGCCGCUCUAAUGUGCGCCGUCAGCGGUGGCAUUGCUGCACCUGCACCUGCACCUGCACCCGCCCAGCUCCCUGCCACACUCGGCGACCCGCUCGCCUCAACGAGCGUCGUCAUUCAUCCAACGGUAAAUCGGACGCGUCUCCAGAAGCGUCAUUACAACGGUGGCAGCAUCAAGGCGCGCUUCUACAGCGAACUGAAGCGCACCGAGCUCUACUGGAGCAAUGCCUGCGGUGGCAACUGGACGGGUCCCGCCUCGGACACCAGCGUGUUGCGGCCACACAAUCGUUGUGCCCAGCACAAGAAGCUGCUUCGCCAGCUACAGAAAAAGGCGCGCAGCGAGCUGAAUGAGCUGCGGACGAACAACAAACAGCGGCAACAGGUCAACUCGCUGAAGGCACAGGUCACAUCCUCCAACCAGGCCAUUGACAUAUCCAAGUACCGCAUGUGGAGUGUGCACAGCAGCAAAUACGAGUUCCUGCCCCGGCUCAAUACCACCGAGCAUCAACUGGCAUUGCGUCGCGUCCACAACGACUUGCAAUUCUAUGUGGCCGCCUUCAGCUAUCUGCGCCACGCCCAGCUGCACUGGGAUUACGAGAAUAUACAGAAGCAGAGCGUUCUCUCCUCGGAACUGCAACGUCUGCGGGCGAGUGCACGUUCCGUGCUGUGCCUCGUCGAGGAGGCCAUCAAUGGCACCAGUCGGCUAUAUGCGCCCAUCCGGAAGAAUCAGCGGCAGAAGAUGGCCGCGCCGGAGCGCAUCAAGACGGUGCCGCUGCAUCUGAUGGAGAAGCGAUUGCAUCAGUUCCAGACACCGCUGGUGGCUCUGCAUCGACUGGCGGUGUUGGUGGCGAACAAUGAGUCGGCGGCGCAGCCAACGAAACCGUUUGAGCUGGAUGCGCUCUUCCUCAAAUACCACUACAUGAAGUAUUUGAAGCACAUAACGCAGCUGCUCGCGAAGCAGCGCAAAAGGAACUGCACGAGUCGUCCAGGAGCGGUCGCACCACGGCCCAAAUUGCAGAAGAAGCAACGGCCAAGUGCGUAGCUGCUGCUCCGAGUCUAAUUCUCAUGACAAAGGACACGCUUAGCCAAACAACAACAACAACAACACCAACAACAAGAAGAAGAACCGGCUUUGUUGUCACGUUAAUCUUAAACUUAAUUUAUUAUUAUUUCGAUAGUGGAAAGAACAAACCCCCUCUCAACGAUAGCUAUGAAUGACAUAACGAAUCCAAAUCCGAAUCCGAAUGCCAAGUUCGAAACGCAAUCGAACAUGUCCAGCAACUCUAGCCUAGAAACUAAUCCGAUGUUCAUAUCGAUUAUUUAUUAUUCAUACAAAUAAUUAGCUAUUCUCACCAUUUUGCGAGUAGAUAUUUACAUUAACAUUUACAUAACAUUUAC